ACAGUUCUGAUUCAAUUUUUGUAAACUUCUGAAUUUCGUAUUUAUGAAUUUGAUGAUUACUUAUCUUUACGAAGGUCAAAAAUACUUACAACUUAUAUAUAUUAAAAUAAAUGCACAUUAAACUAUAGUGUCAAGUAAAUAACAUUAAAAUUAAUUGUGUACAAUUUUAAAUUAUAGAUUUUUUUAAAUUAAAAUGACUCUAGAGAAAGAAUGGUUUAUUCAAGCUCCGUGGGGCCGAUUAUGCAUCGUAGCAUGGGGCGAUUGCUGUGACCCACCAGUGUUGGUUUGCCAUGGAGCCAAGGACUCUGCUGCCAGCUUCAGACCCCUCAUUAAACUAUUACCAAAGAAAUACUAUUACAUAGGUAUGGAGCUACCAGGUAAUGGGAAGUCAGAUCCCAUGCCCCCGGGGCUUAUGAUCAGCUUAUACGACCUCGUGUACAGCAUACAGGUGGUGGUCAAGCACUUUAGAUGGGACAGCUUCAUUUAUUUGGGACAUUCCAUGGGAUGUACUCUCGGGUACAUAUACAACAUCUCAUAUCCGGGAAAAAUCACUAAAAUUAUUCAAUUGGACCCAAUCACCAUCGGAUUUGUGGUGCCGGUAGAAAAAUUCUCUAAUUGGUACAAUGUAUCAUUUAAGAGCUAUUUUGACAAUUACGAGCGAUUUAGUCGUCAAAACGCUGACAAGCCGAGGUAUACUAGAGAAGAGGCAAUAGGAAAAUUAGUAAAGCGAAGGGGUUUCACCGAGCAAGCCGCGGAGGAAACACUGGUUAGAGUUUCAGAACCGGCGGGUGACGGUCUUGUUCGAUUCACCUUCGACGAACGCAUAGAAAUAUUGACUUACCCUCCAAUAUCGCCUGAUUAUAUAAGAAAAUUGUUUACAAACAUUAAAAUACCAAUUCUAACUAUAAUUGCCGAUGCGUCUAACAAGAGCGGCAAAUACAAAGAGACGCCAUUUUUGUUUGACGAGAAAGCAUUCCCCAAUAACAAUCACAGGCUACGCGAAGUUUUUGGUAACCACGACUUGCACGUGAUCCAUCCUGAGAGAGUCGCAUCGUUUGUGGCUCAGUUUCUGUUGUACGGAAUCAACGGUUUAGACAAUAAGGCCAAGUUAUAAGGUUUGUGAUUUAUUUUAGGUGAAUUGUAUUACGACAUUAGAAAACAGAUAAAACGAGUGGAAAAAUCCAUAUGAA